AUGCGCAUUAUCAUUCCAAAUCUUUUCAUCUCAUCUCUCUACCAAAUCAAGAUGGCCGUCAGACAAUCGCAAACAGCCAAAAGAAGGCAAAGCCAGAAUAAAACCCGAACGAUCGAGAGCGAGGUCACCUCGGACUCGCAAGCAAGAAAUCUUUUGGCCAACCAGCCGAAGCUCACAGCCAAGGCCAAAGUCAAAAAGCCUAGCAAGAAGAAUGUGAAAAAGGAGCAGGCCAGAAUCCGGUUGUACGGAGCGAAAAACGGCAAGGAGUACCGUGAAGACCAGUUGGAGAUUCCAAACUUGAACCGUGCGAUUGUUCCUGGUGUCAAGGCCAAGAGAGGCAAAAAGGGCAAGAAAUUUGUCGAUGACCACGACAGUUUGAAGCUCAAUCUUCUCAUCAAGAGCAUCAAUGACAAGUACGACCAGACAAACGAGUCCAAGUUGGAGAAAUCGCGGCGCUUGGAGGAGAUCCGUGAGUUGAAGCGGAAGGAAAUGGAGCAGAAGGAACAGGAGAAGACGAAUAAGUUGGAGAACAAAAAGAAUGAGAUCAGAAGCAAGGCCAACAUUGCCAGAGCUGCCAGAAGAAAGAACUCGCGUCUUUCGAAAAAGGGAGAUGCCCAGCCAGAGGAACCAAAGAAGAAGAAGUCUGUUUCGUUUGCAUGA